CUGGUGUAGCUUCCGGUUGUGGCCACCUCCUUUGUGUCUCCGGCCUGACUUAACGUCUACUUUCCCUUUUUUAUUUAAUUUUAUCCUCGGGGUUAUAUUUGCACAUAUACCCCCAUUUUUCUGCUAUUGAAUGACAGUCGACUCGGAAAUAUUCAUGCCUAAAAAUAAAACGCCGAAAAUGGAUGACUUGGACUACAUCCCAGUAGACCUGAGCCCGGAGGAGCGCUCCGAGCUGGAGGACAUCCGCCGGAGGAAGGGGGUCCUGAUGCAGGAGAUCCAGAGGCUCCGGGAGGAGCUCAGGGAGGCCAUUAUGGAGGUGGAGGGCCUGGAGGCCAGCACGGAGGGCAGUAAAACCCUUCUGAAAAGCCGGCACGUUGCGAUGGGAAGGAAGAAGUUUAACAUGGACCCCAAAAAGGGCAUCGUGUUUCUGGUGGACAACGAGCUGCUGCGACACACGGCGGAGGACAUCGCUCAGUUCCUCUACAAAGGAGAGGGCCUCAACAAGACGGCCAUAGGAGACUACCUGGGAGAAAGGGACGACUUCAACAUCAAAGUUCUCCAGGCUUUCGUAGACCUGCACGAGUUCACCGACCUCAACCUGGUCCAGGCCCUCAGACAAUUUCUGUGGAGCUUUCGAUUGCCUGGUGAGGCCCAGAAGAUCGAUAGGAUGAUGGAGGCCUUUGCUCAGAGAUACUGUCGCUGCAACCCUGGCGUCUUCCAGAGCACCGACACGUGUUACGUGCUGUCGUUCGCCAUCAUCAUGCUCAACACCAGCCUUCACAACCCCAACGUGAGGGACAAGCCUGCAGUGGACCGCUUCAUCUCCAUGAACAGAGGCAUCAACGACGGCGGGGACCUGCCUGAGGAUCUCCUGCGGAACCUGUACGAAAGCAUCAAAAACGAGCCUUUCAAGAUCCCGGAGGACGACGGCAACGACCUCACGCACACCUUCUUCAACCCCGACAGAGAGGGCUGGCUGCUCAAACUGGGGGGACGAGUGAAGACCUGGAAAAGACGAUGGUUCAUCCUCACAGACAACUGCCUCUACUACUUUGAAUACACAACAGACAAGGAACCUCGAGGCAUCAUUCCCUUGGAGAACCUCAGCAUCCGAGAGGUGGAAGACCCACGCAAACCUAACUGCUUCGAGUUGUACAUCCCCAACAACCGUGGUCAGCUGAUCAAGGCCUGCAAGACGGAGGCUGAUGGGCGGGUAGUAGAAGGGAACCACAUGGUGUAUCGCAUCUCUGCCCCCACGCCUGAGGAGAAGGAAGAGUGGAUCCACAGUAUCAAAUCGGCCGUCAGUGUGGAUCCCUUCUACGAAAUGUUGGCAGCCAGGAAGAAACGCAUCUCACUGAAGAAGAAAGAAGAGCAGCCAUAGAUGGCCUCCCUCCCUCCUCCCUCCCCCCCUCCUCCCCCUCCCCAGCCUCCAUCCUUGUGGGACCACCUGGUCCUGAUUGGACCUCAGAUGAAGAAGAAGGCAGCUGCUCCUAACUUGUAAAUAUAUUUAUUCUCUGCUUUCAUGCCGCUGCAUGUCAUGUUCAUGCAGCCCUUUGAAGGCGGGGCCUAGAAGACUGAAGGCGGGGCCUGGAAGAUUGAGAUGACAUUUGGAGGCGGGGCCUAGAAGAUUGACUUUAGAUUUGUAGGCGUGGCUCAAAACACUGACUUUAGAUUUGAAGGCGUGGCCCAGAAGAUUGACUUUAAAUUUGAAGGCGGGACCUAGAAGAUUGAUUUUUGAUUUGUAGGCAUGGCCCAAAAGAUUGACUUUAAAUUUGAAGGCGGGGCCUAGAAGAUUGAUUUUUGAUUUGUAGGCGUGGCCCAGAAAAGUGAAGGCUUGGCCUAGAAGAUUGAGAUGAGAUUUGUAGGCGUGGCUCAAAAGAUUAACUUUAUAUUUGAAGGCGGGGCCUAGAAGAGUGAAGGCGUGGCCCAGAAGAUUGAGAGAUUGAGACGAGAUUUGUAGGCGUGGCUCAAAAGAUUACCUUUAGAUUUGAAGGCGGGGCCUAUAAGAGUGUAGGCUUGGCCUAGAAGAUUGAGACGAGAUUUGUAGGCGUGGCUCAAAAGAUUAACUUUAGAUUUGAAGGUGGGGCCCAGAAGAUUGACUUUAAAUUUGUAGGCGUGGCCCAGAAGAUUGAGACAAGAUUUGUAGGCGGUGCCUAAAAGAUUGAGACGAGGUUUGUAGGCGUGGCUCAAAAGAUUAACUUUAGAUUUCAAGGCGUGGCCCAGAAGAUUGACUUUAAAUUUGAAGGCGGGGCCUAGGAGAGUGAAGGCGUGGCCCAGAGGAUUGAGACGAGAUUUGUAGGCGUGGCUCAAAAGAUUGACUUUAGAUUUUAAGGCGGGGCCUAGAAGAUUGAUUUUUGAUUUGUAGGCGUGGCCCAGAAGAUUGAGACAAGAUUUGUAGGCGUAGCUCAAAAGAUUGACUUUAGAUUUGAAGGCGGGGCCUAGAAAAGUGAAGGCGUGGCCUACAAGAUUGAGACGAGAUUUGUAGGCGUGGCUCAAAAGAUUGACUUUAGAUUUGAAGGCGUGGCCUCGAAGAGUGACAUCGUGGCCCAAAAGAUUGAGACGUGAUUUGAGGGCGUGGCCUGGAAGGGUGAAGGCGUGGCCUAAAAGAUUGAAAGUGAUUUGAAGAUGUGGCCUUGAAGAGUGAAGGCGGGGCCUAAAAGAUUGAGACGUGAUUAGAAGGCGUGGCCGAGAAGAGUGAAGGCGUGGCCUAAAAGAUUGAGACUCGAUUUUAAGGCGUGGCCUAGAAGAGUGAAGGUGGGGCCUAGUAAAGAGUGAAGGCGGGGCUGAGACUCGAUUUUAAGGCGUGGCCUAGAAGAAUGAAGGUGGGGCCUAGUAAAGGGUGAAGGCGGGGCCUGCCUAAAAGAUUGAGAGUGAUUUGAAGGUGUGGCCUUGAAGAGUGAAGGCGGGGCCUAAAAGAUUGAGACGUGAUUAGAAGGCGUGGCCGAGAAGAGUGAAGGCGUGGCCUAAAAGAUUGAGACUCGAUUUUAAGGCGUGGCCUAGAAGAGUGAAAGUGGGGCCUAGAAGAGUGAAGGCGGGGCCUAAAAGAUUGAGACAAGAUUUGUAGGCGUGGCCCAGUAGAUUGACUUUAGAUUUGAUGGAAGAAAAUUAAGUUUUAAAUUUGAAGGUGUGGCCUAGAAGAGUGAAGGCAGAGCCUAGAAAAUUGAAGGCGUGGCCUAGAAGAGUGAAGGCGGAGCCUAGAAAAUUGAAGGCGGGGCCUAGAAGCCAGUAGGUGUAGUAAGCACAAGCAUGGAUGAUUUUAAUCUGCUGACUGUGCACAUUUACAAUUAAUUGAUUAGUUUCCAGAUCAGCAGAUUAGUGUGAAGAUGCAUUUUAUUUUGUGACUGAUGCAUUUUAUUUUGUAAGUGAAACUACAAGAAUUGUUUACCGCACUUUAUGGUUGAGUCUUUAGCGCCCUCCGGUGGUGUGUGUCAGCUAGGGAAGAUGAUUGAUGAUGAUGACAUUUUGUCUCCUCCGUCCUGCUCCUUCUUCUUGUCUUCUGGAACAUUCUUGAAGUGCACAGCUGCCAAAAAGUAAGACAAACAAAUGUUACAAAGUGUUUUUUUCUUUGUAUUUACUGACUGUGAGAUGAACAAUUGUGUCCAUGUAGCAAAAACACAUCAUGUGUGACAAUAAAGACAAGAACAUUCUGA